UUGUGUCUAAUUUCCUUAUAAACUACAAGUACGAUAUAAUGGAACAGUCUGCGUUGUUACUGCGUAAACAACUGGCAGAGCUCAACAAGAACCCGGUGGAGGGCUUUUCCGCGGGUCUUGUCAGUGGCGACAACUUCUACAAGUGGGAGGUGGUCGUCCUCGGGCCUCAGGACACCUUGUAUGAAGGUGGAGUCUUCAAGGCCACGCUGACCUUCCCCCGGAACUAUCCCCUGAGGCCUCCCAAGAUGAAGUUCGUCACAGAAAUCUGGCAUCCGAACGUGGCGAAGAACGGCGAAGUCUGCAUCUCCAUCCUGCACGCGCCUGGCGAGGACAAAUACGGCUAUGAGAGGCCCGAGGAGCGCUGGCUGCCGAUCCACACAGUGGAGACCAUCAUGAUCAGCGUAAUAUCCAUGUUGGCAGACCCCAAUGGAGAGUCUCCUGCCAACGUCGAUGCUGCUAAAGAGUGGAGGGACGACCCCGAUGGAGUCUUUAAGAGGAACGUGGCCCGAUGUGUGAGGAUGAGUCAGGAGUCAGCGUUUGACUAAGGCCUCCAUCCACGCAGAAAACAAAUAUAAUCAUUCUUCUUUGUCGUUUUCUUUAAAGCUUACGGCAUCCAAACCACUCUAGACACUGUAGUACAUAUGCCAGGCCUGUACGUGGUGCUACAGCAGUAGACCAGACAAAACACAAGAAGAAGACGAUGGAGAUUAGCGAGAGCAAGAGAGGUGGGACUAUGACAUCAUCAAGUAGCGCAUUGGUAAUCAACACUGCGGACAGUCCCUAAAGUCUCUGAGAAGAAAAAGAGCAACUUUAACUGUCCCACUGCCUUAGCUGCAGGUUAUCUUGGGGCAAACGCAUCAGCUUCUCCUUUCUCUUCCUCUUCGUGUCUUCUUCUCAUUCCCCUCGUUGUCCGUCUUCUUCUCUUUCUUCUUCUUCGUCUCUUUCCUAGUAACCCCCCCCCCCGGUCCUCCUUUGGCACCGGAGUCCGUGGUAAAAAAAGAAAGAAUAGGAAAAAAAAGAAAGUCUGGGAGUAUUUCUAACUCCAGAACAGAAGAUGGCAGUAAUGCAACAUCAUGGAUGCAAGCUGCCGUUAAAACCCCAUAGAAGAAGAAGCAGAAGAAGAUGAACAGCUGUGGACAAUCUCGAGGUUAUAGAAAGGGAUAAAGUUCACAAAGGUACAAGUCGGGAGGUCUGGGGAACAGAACAGUUGACAAAUUAGUGAAAAUGAAUCAUGUAUCGAAACUGACUGUGACUGGUGAAGAAAAUCAUGAAAAUCAAACUGUCCGGAAAUUCCCAUAUGAAUGAAUGGGCAGCAAAGAUUCCUCCCACUGAACGUCCUGCCACUGACAAACGUGUCUUGUGUCGUACAUCCACACGUGCGGAACAACCGCAUAUAAUAUAUAUAUAUAUAUAUAU